CGUGGCGAGAGGGAGGACGUCGGAGGAGGCGCACGUUCGGCCCAAAAGCAUCGCGCCGCGCUUUGUGUGCUUGCGGCCGCUGCCUUGUCACCAUGAUCACCCCGUCCUCAAGUGCACCCAAGACCACUCUGCUCGCACUUGUCACGCUGCUCAUUGCAGUGGUGCAGAGUGCUUGGGGCGGCGAUGGCCACAACUGGGGCUACGGCGACCACAAUGGACCGAAAAAAUGGGCCGGCACGUGCAAGAGUGGACUUUUCCAGUCGCCCAUCGACCUGAAGGAAAGCGUCUCGCACCCCAGACACUUUGAACCUUUGGUUUUCUUCCUCUAUGACAAGGCGGCCAAUGUCACCAUGAAGAACAACGGACACACAUUGAAACUGACGUUCGAGCAACCGUGUGUGGCGCAAAUGGCAGGUGGAGGUUUGCCAGGCGCUUUUUCCCUGGCGCAAAUCCAUUUCCACUGGGGCUCCGAGCACACCCUCAACGGAAGAAGGUACCCUCUGGAAGCGCACUUUGUCCACUACAACCAUAAAAGAUACGACAAUAUCGGCAGCGCUGUUGGCAAGGAGGACGGUUUGGCUGUGCUCGGAGUAUUUUACGAAGAGACCAGCGACGACGUGGAGAACGGAGUUGUGGACAAAUUGCUGGAUCACUUAGCGGAAGUGAGUGCCGAGGGUGCAGAGUACAGAAUUCGAACUCAGAUGAAGGCCGAGGAGUUGUUUCCCGAAAGCACGGACAAGUUCUUCAGGUACAGAGGCUCGCUCACCACCCCCGAGUGUAACGAGGGCGUGCUGUGGACUGUGCUGGAAAUGCCAGUUCCCAUCUCAAUGGAGCAGGUGGAGAAAUUCAAGGGUCUCAAGUCCAAGAGCGGCCAGAUUGAGGAGAACUUCCGUCCAGUCGAGCCGCUAAACGGUCGCAAUCUGUACCGGCGGUCGACCCACAAUGGCGCACCUUCUUCGACCACUUCAUCACUGUCACUCAUUGCGGCCGGCUUUGCAUGGUAUUUUCUGCUGGCCACCAAAUUGCCCUGAAGUCGCCCUCGUGAUGAGUGUAGCCAUGCAUCACAAUUAACUAGCCCGCAGAGUGAUGGCCACCCGCAAAACAAACGAUGCCAAAUUUUAAUGAAAUAGAGUAUAAAAGCGCUUUUCUAGUUUACAAAGCUUCAACGCAUAACGAAUAAAACUAUUUUUAAAUCUACUUUAAAUUUUAAGGUAGCGACGAUGACAAAUAAAGAUUUUUGCAUGUUCUCUUGAAGUGUCAAAUUUUAAAAUAUACUAUUGUAUAGAAAUUUUACGCGUGUUGUUUGAAGUUUGCAAAGCUUUUGUGAUGAGAUUCAAAGUAUAUAAAUACAAGCAUUUGAAAGCAGGGAAAUUGUUUUGGAGAGAGAUUUUAUCGUCGUUGUGAACAAUUAUUUUCCUAACAAGUUGAGCGAUAUAAUAAAUUAUAUGCUGAGCUUUUAAUUUGAA